AUGCUCAUAGUCGUCUGUUCGUGGUGCUAUCAAGGUUUCGUUUCCACCCGUUGGUGUCGGACCUUGUCAAAGAAAGACGGGAUGAGCCACCUCCAUGCGCGCGUUCUUUGUGUGCCGCAAGGUGACAGGAGGAAGCUUCAGGCUUGCGGGCGCGACAGCCUUGGAAGGACGGCUUCAGGAAAUCUAGAUUCUGAUCUGCCGGAUGCUCCUCCGCGCCAUCCACACCCGAGGGCGUGCUCUCCAUGA